GUAUCUUUUAUCUAUGCUGUAAAUACGAAAUAGCAUAUUAUUAAAAGCUCUUUAAUGUGAAUAAUCCUGAAUGAAAUGUUUACUAAGAAUAAUAAUUGCACACAAAUAAACUUAAACUUAGUACGAUUGUUUGCCGAAAAUGAGAUCAGAUCCACAUCUUCCGCGCAACAUGAGCGAAGUGUGUCGAUUGUGUUUGUCGAGUGAUGAUGAGACUUUACCAAUAUUUGGCGAGGAUCAGGCAUCCUUGCACCGGACACCGCUUCCCUUUCGAAUACUGGCUUGCGUGUCUGUUGAGGUGAGUUCCCAGGAUGUGCUGCCCACUGUGAUCUGCAAGCAGUGCCUGGAGCAGGUGAACCAAUGGCACGACUUCAAGCAGCUGUGCGACUCCUCCCAGGCGACCCUCAAGCAGUGGCUGUGCCAGACCCAGACCACGGCCGCUGCCACAACCACAACUACUACCACCACCACCACCGCCACCACCGCAGACACACUCACCGUCACCAGUACGGAAAUAACCACUGCUACCACCGACCAGGUGGUGAUAAAGCAGGAGCCAGUGGAAGUGGACGAGGACUCUGUUUUCCAGGAAGAUGUUCACGAGGUGUGCAACGAUUCACGAGAGUAUUGUAUGUUAGUUGUGAAGCAGGAAGAAAUAGAGGUUUGUGAGGAGAAUCCUGUGGAAACCAGCGAAGUUUCUGUGACUGUGGACCCUCUGGAUGUUCCACCAGGCAGGAGCCGCAAGAGUCCCAGACAGGAGGAACAGCAGCACUUCUACAGUUCCGCUGUUCUCCUCAAUGGUGAUGGCAGUUCGUUUGAGUACGAGAACGAAGGAGAAAUAGAUUUUCGCAGAGUGAACCACGGUGGGGCAAUAUCAGUGCAGGGUCUUUUCGACUCUAGCGAGUCUGCAGUCCUAGUAAAGAAGCCUGUUCAGCCCAGAAAGAAACGAAGGUUCUUCAAGAGAAUCACUUUCAAGAAAAAGAAGAAGAAAUCGCCACCCAUCUGGACCCCGCAAGAAGUACGGAGAGAGAUUCUCCGCGAUCACAUGUGCAGGGAGUGUGGGGAGAGCUUCCCUGAGCUUUGGCUGCUGAAGAGCCACGAAAAGUCUCAUAAAAAUGCAGAAAAUGUGUGCACCAUAUGUGAGAAGCGGUUUUCCAGCAAGGGCUGCCUGGUGCGGCACAUUCGUCUGCACACCCGCCAGAUGCCGUACUCGUGCUCCAAAUGUUUUGCCUCUUUUGCCAACAGGUCUGCUUACUUGCAACAUCGCCAGACCACCUGCUCCCUAGAGAAUUCUCCUCCUCCAGCAUCUCAGGAGGUCCCCGAAGAGCCGCCAGAGAAGAAUGACAGUGGGUUAUCUUGCUACAUUUGCCAAGAGACAUUCCCAUCAAUGUUUCUGUUGAUUCAGCAUCGAAAAACCCAUAACAACUUUUCUUGCCCAAAGUGUAAGAAACCCUUCUCAGGGGGUAAAGCUUUGAGCAACCAUUUGCGCGUUCACAGACUUGGAGCUAUGAUGGCCCACAAGAUGGUUUAUGCGAAAGCCGCUCCGAAGGUGUUGCCUGUGCCAGUUAACAAAAGCUCAACUUGUAGCGUGUGCAACAAGGUUUUUCCUAGUGUUGGUUUGAUGCAUCGCCACAUGGUGAAACACACUAAGUUGAAGGAGUUCACGUGUCACAUCUGCAAUGCGACGAUGGGGUAUGCCACUUCGCUUCACAAACACUUGAAGAGCCUUCACAAUAUCUCCAUUGAAUUCAAAAACAUCAAACCCAAUGAUGUUACUUCUGAAGAUCAGCCAAACCACCAGGACCCUUCACUUUGUACAAUCAAGUCUGAGUUGAUAGAAGAUUCUGCAGAAACUGGCGAUGGGCACCAUGUUUGCACUAUCUGCAACAAGACAUUCAGCCAGAGGUCUCUGCUCGUGGGCCAUGUCAAAAUCAUUCAUAUGGGUUUGAAAACGUACAAGUGCACGACAUGCGGGAAGAUGUUCCCCUCUAAGCCACAUCUGGUAAAGCAUAUGGAGUUUCACAAGGAGGGCCAGGCCAUAUUGACCUGCAAGAUAUGCUGCAAGCAGUUCUCUGAUGUAAGAACAUACGACAAACACAAAGGAGUUCACACUCGCUUCCGUUGUUUCACGUGCGGCAUCUGCUCCCAAUCCUUCAAUGGAAUAAACUCGUGGCGUGCCCACCAAGCAAUGCAUCUGCCUGAUGUAGGAUGUGCUCCUGUGAUGAACAUCACAAAGAAGGAAGUCCAACACACUUCUGGGAAGUAUACGUGCCGUCUCUGUUUCAAACUUUACAGGUCACGGGCAGAACUAUAUGAACACAAAAAGAUGCACAUAAAGCUUAAGAUCUACUCAUGUACAGAGUGCAAAAAUUCAUAUAAUAGCUUAUCAACACUCAUGAAGCACAAGCGGCGAGAACACCAGAGUGAUGAGCAGUUUUUUGAUAUGGGGCUCAUGGCCGGCACUUACGACUGUGGAUUAUGUGGGAAGUCCUUCAGCAGCUCUUCGUCGCUCAGCAAGCACAAGCUGGUCCAUGCUGAGCUGCUCUACACUAACGUGACUCGUGUUGAUCCACCAGCUCGCCGGAAAACCUCCAAGAUAUCAGAGACUUCGCGGCCUGUUUCACCUCCUGUGACAAGCGAUCCUUUCCUCUGCGUACCUUGCAACCGGUCUUUUACAGACAUGCUAUCGUUGAAGACACACCGGGGCUGGCACAAGAGAAAACGUGUGAACCCGUUAGGCAAGCUUCAUCUGAAGGCUUUAGCCAAAAUGGCGGACAGUUUGCCCAGAAAGUCGGCUUCUAGCACGUCAAUUGUUGCCAAGGUUGUUCCCGAGAAGGAGGCUUUCUGGUGUGAGGAGUGCAACAGAAGCUUCAAGAAAAGUGUGAACUUGGCACGGCAUUACAAGCUUAGCCAAAGACACAAUGGAAAAGGGCACAAUCUGUCAGGAAGUAUGGAUGGCCCGUCAGUUAAAGAUGUCUCUGGCAUGCUUGUAGAAGUUCAGCUUGUGGAGGAUGAACAGACUGAUGAAUUUGAAGCUUCAAAUAUAUCUGCAAAUGACUCCACUGCAGAAGGUGCAGCUGCAUCAACGAAUGAGGAUGUAGGCUUGGCUCCAGAAAAUGUUGCAAAGCUGGAUGAUGGUCCAAAAUGCAGUUCUGAGGAUAAACUACCGGAGAACAUUUCUUCCGUGGAAAAUUUGUCCGCAAAUGAUUCCUCUGUAGAUGAUGUUCCAGUUGAUAAUAUGCCUGCUAAUAAUUACUCUUUAGAUGAUGCUGUACCAAAUGAUACAUCUGAGGAAGUAAAUAACAUUUGUUUAGAGGAGAUGGCCAAUGAUUCACAUGUGAUCAGUGCUUCUGCAGAUGAGGCAUCUUUGGGAAAUGUACAAAAAGAAAAGUCCCAGGAAAUUGAAGCUGCAGCUUCCAGUGGUAACAAAAAAAAUGCAAGACAGAAGAAAGUUUUUGAAUGUCCCCUUUGCAGCAGAAUAUUUAAGAACAAGAAUGCUCUGGUGAGACACAAGGGCUGGCAUUCUAGGUCUCCAUCAUCUCGUAUGAAAAGCAAUUUAUUGGCAUUUAUUCCGAGAAAUAGUUUGCCAUUUGAUCCCUCCGUGGAAAUGGAUUCAGCUUUGCGUGACUCGCCACCACUGCAAACCCAAAUUUAUCCAUGCUUGACGUGUGGUAGUUCAUUCAACAGUGCCUCGAGUCUUAGUAAACACAAACGUUUGCAUCUUUCCCCGACGCCUACCUUGCCGGUGAACCGAUGUCUUAGGCCAAAGGAGUCCGUCCGCCCCCCAGACCGAAUGCUGCCAGAGCUGGAGGUGCAAGGGACAUUCCAAUGCAGCACCUGUAAGAAAUACUACAGCUCGACAAAGUCACUCAACAAACAUCAGAAGCUGCACGCGCGGAAGCCCCUUCCUGUUUACACCAAGCCGUUGCCCGGUGCUGACACGCAGCCACCGCCACUCCUUCCGGGACUUCCCAAGCGACUCAUCCCCACUAAGUUCCACUGCAACAUUUGUGGUUUUUACUACAGAACCGCCGGUACGCUUUACAAGCACAAGCGUCUCCAUGCGAAGCGCUCGGCUGCUGCAGAGUUAGCAGCUUCACCAGCACAGACGCCACAAGCACAGCGCAGGGUUGACGGUAAAUAUCAUUGUGAGUGGUGUUCCAAGAUUUACAGUAGCAAAUCAAGCCUUUACAGGCACAGGCGUCUGCAUGUGAACCAUCCACUGCCCAUUGCCAAACUUUCAGCAGAAACUGUCUCUACGCCGCCUCUGCAGAACAGGAGCGCGACCCCUCAGAGCGUGCAGAGUCCGGCUCGUCAGCAGGUGCAGACCCCGCACCAGUGCGAUGUUUGCAAGAAGUAUUACAGUUGCUCUACUUCCUUGAACAAGCACAGGCGCCUGCAUGCCGUAAAACUCUUGCCCGCGCCGGAGAAGGACAUCGAAGACGACCCUCGGGUCCCGCAAGAGGCAGGCCAUGCCUUCUCGUGCUCGUAUUGCUCGAAGGCGUUCUCGAAGCAGAGGAACUUGGAUAUGCAUGUGCGGUGUCACACGGGAGAGCGUCCGUAUGUUUGUGACCUCUGUCCGCAGGCUUUCACUCGCUAUAACACAUUGUGGAAGCACAAGAAGCGUGUGCACCUCAACUGGAGUUACACGUGCACCGUCUGUGGGCGGCUGUUUCCCUUCAAAAAUGUCCUUGAUCUGCACAUUCUCAAUGUGCACCAGAGGGAGCCCAAGAAGGGAUUCCGUAUUGGUGGUUCGGUCAUCAGAAAGGCCAAGGUUUCGAGGAUGGGGAACUACCCAUGUGGGGACUGCAAAAAGAAUUUUGUGUACCUAGGAGCAUUACUGACCCAUGAAAGAAUGUAUCACGGCAAGUGAUUGCGUAGUUCGCCAGACAUUGACUCACUUGCAAGGCUUUUUAAGCCAAUUUUUCCUUUGUAAUUGAACUGGCAUUGCAGGCAGGUUUUGCCAUGGUUGUGUGGCUUGCGUUCAUGUGUGGUAGUGGCUUUCUGGCCAAAAGAAUGAAAAAUUAAUAAACUGUGUGUGUACUGAUCAAUAUUUUCCUCUGAAAUUGACGUAGUGGAUUUAGGGAGAUGUGUUUUCUCAUAAUGAAUCAAACAAGUUGGGAUUAAUGUGCAGUAAAUUUUAUUUGUAUGGUGUUGAGUAACUGUGUUGUAUAUUUAGUAAUAAUGUGAUGUAUGGAAACUUUGAAUACGUACAUGCCAUAGAAACAUCUUUGAUACAAUCCUCAAGUAUGUAUAUGUUAUAUUGUAUUACUAAUAGACUUGUAGAAAAAGAGUGUGGACGAAUUACAUUUUAAAAAUAGACAAAUCAUUAUAACAAUCAAUCUGUUUCCUCAGCAA